AUGAAGCUUCUUACGAACAUUGGCACGUUGCUGGCUCUUAGCCCAGUCCAGCAGGUUUCUGCAACACCACAUACUGGAGAACACUACAACCUCGUCAAGCUCGAAGGAUAUGGCAGUGUCUCUGGAACGACGGUCAACAGUACCCUCACCAAGAAGGAUCUACCUACGACUGUGGAUGCAUGGAUGGGUAUUGACUACGCGCUCCAGCCUACAGGUCAUCGACGUUUCAAAGCCGCCGAAUGGCCCAAGCCUUUCAAGGGCGUCAAACGCGCCGACAGCUACGGAAAGACCUGCAUCCAGGAAAUUGCAUCCAAGACACCCCUCGAGUCACAAAGCGAGGCUUGUCUCAACUUCAACGUGUUCCGAACCAAAGGCGUGCCGUUGAGCAAGAAGCUCCCCGUUCUCGUGUGGAUCCAUGGCGGCGCAUUCUUCUCUGGAAGCUGGGCUAGCUUUGACGGCGCUGCAUUCGCGGCUUCAUCAAAAGAACCUAUUGUCGUUGUAAACUUUCACUACCGCGUCAAUUCCCUCGGCUUUCUUCCAUCUAAGCUCUUCAAAGACGAGGGUCUUUCAAACCUCGGUAUUCGCGACCAGCGACUACUGUUUGAGUUUGUUCAGAAACACAUUGGAGCUUUUGGAGGUGACAAGAAUGCUGUUACUAUCGGCGGUCGCUCUGCUGGUGGACACUCAGUUGGAAUCCAUUACUUCCAUAACUAUGGCAAGGACAACAAAGCGUUAUUCGCCCAAGCCAUCCAUCAAUCUGGAUCUGUCACGUCAAGAGCCUUCCCCAACGAUACAUAUCCCUUGUACAAGACUCAGUACGACGAAUACACUGCAUACCUUGGAUGCGACAACAAGAAAACCAACAAAGCUACCCUCAAAUGUCUGCGAGAAGCAGAUAUCGACAGCAUCAGAAAUAUCAGCACCAAGAUCUUUUACGAUUACAAUGACGUCCUGACUUGGCCUUUCCAGCCAGUACAGGGAGGACCAUUAUUUGAGAAGCCCGGCUCUCAGUCCGGAUACGAUGGAACAUUCUAUCACGUUCCCACUAUUACUUCAAACGUCAACGACGAGGGCAAAUUCUAUACGCCUGGCAAUCUUGAGACAGAUAGCGAGUUCUUGGAUUAUCUCCACAACAUCUCGCCUGCUUUAACAAAGAAGGACUUAUCCGAGCUGAGCGCCUUGUAUCCUGAUCCGGCAAAGUACGACAACUCACCCUUUGCAAACUCGCCAAACAGCACUCAGUACAACCGGAUCUCGGCCGCUUGGAGUGACUACGCUUAUAUCUGCCCUGGUCAAGAGACAGCAUACCGUGCCUCCACUGCUGGCGUGCCUACAUGGAAAGUCCGCUUCAAUACCAACAACAGCUUCCCUGCCUGGCAGGGAAUUCCACACACAGCAGACACUUCAUACACAUGGAAUGGGGAGUCUACCCAGUACCCCGAGAUUAGCCACAUCUACCACGGAUAUCUUUCUAGCUUUGUCACGGCUGGAAAUCCCAACAGUCACAGGUACCCUGGUAGUCCUGAGUGGCCAGCUUAUCACGGAGAUGAUGAGUCACCACUGCAGAUUGUUGUUCAGCCAGGGGAUACCAAGGUAGAGAAGGACGAAAUCAGGAAGGAGGCUUGUCUCUGGUGGAGAGACCCAGAGAGAGCUCCUAGACUUAACAAGUAA